UUUUAUCACUUUUCAUACCACACUGUCAUGGCUGCCUAUUCUGUAAAAAUACUCUUCUGUAUGGACUUGUUUAACAACUUAACAGUUUAUAUAGUUUCACAUUGUUUAUCUUCCAAAGUGAUGAACAGAUGUGAUGAUCCUUUUUUGUUUUGGUAAGGCUUAAAUAUGUUGGAGAUGCUGCUCUCAUGGAGUAUUUAGUUCAUACUUUGGGGAGGAUUUGCUUUUAUAAACCUUUAAUACAAACAGACAUGCAAUGAAACCAUGAAAGUCUAUUCUCUGCUAUGACAUCUUCAGAAUUAAAUGUUUGUGUACAUGUAUAUUUGCUAAGAUACAACAAUAUCCCAAAGAGACACAAACAACCACAUAGAUGCAAAGAAACACUAAAUUACCAGAAAAAGACAGAAAAAUACCUAAAUGAGACACAAAAUGACUUAAAAAAAGACAAAACCAUUACAAAGAGAUGCAAAGGAACUGCAAAGACACAACUAUACCCUGAAGAGACACAACCACAAGAGACGCAAGGGAAGUACAAAGACAUAAAACGACCCAAAAGAAACCACAAAUAUACCUCAGAGGGACACAAACAACCAUAUAGAGAUGCAAAGGAACUACAAAGUGACACAAAAUUACAAAAAAACCCACAUAUACCUCAAAGAGACACAAAAAAGACCACAAAGUAAUGCAAAAGAGCUAUAAAGAGACAACGCCCCCCAAAAAACAAAUCUACCUCGAAGACACAAAAAAUGACUACAAAGAGAUGCAAAAUGAACAAAAAAGAGAUGCAAAGGAACUACAAAGGGACACACGAUGAUAAAAAAGACGCAAAUAUACCCCAGAGACACAAAAAGACUACAAAGAGAUGCAAAGGAACUACAAAGGGACACAAGAUGAUAAAAAAGAUGCAAAUAUACCCCAGAGACACAAAAAGACUACAAAGAGAUGCAAAGGAGCUACAAAGAGAAAAAAAAAACAUCCAUGAAAGACAAAAGUGUACCUCAAAGAGACACAAAACUAUUGCAAAUCAAACAAAACAGGCAAAACUACCACAAAGUCUGUAUGUCUUCCUAUGUCGGAGAGGACAUUUUGCAUAUCUGUGUCCAGUGGCCCAUUGUCUCAUAAUCCGUCCAUGUUUAAAUCCUAUAAUUUACAAUAAGCCCAUAUUUAAACCUGUAAUAUAUUUUAAAACAGACACUUUAACACAGUAUGAGGAGGAAACAAGAGGGUAAAGUAGUCCUAAAUGUCACGUUUUUACUGUAGUGGAAUGAUACAUCAUACAGACUUACAUACAUACAUACUUCAUACAGACAGGUGACUCUACACCUGUCUGUGCAGAUAUGUUUGACUGUGAUAUGGAUUACUGCUUCCUGUUUGUUACUGUUUAAGGGUCAGUCUGACUCUGUCCCAGGACAAGGACAUCCACAGCUCUGUUUGAUGACAAACACUGCACAUGCUGAUGUUUUGAUUGGGACAUGUAGGGUGUGGAAGACCAGGGGAGGAUCAGGAUGAAACCUCAAACGCAAUUAUUAUUGGUAAAGGAGGAAUCAGGCCAUUUCCGGUCCCUAAAUGUAACAUGAACAAACCUGUGAAUACAUGUGAGGAAUCAGACCCUUUACAGACUGUAAUAAAGAUCUUUAUUUUCUUCUGACUUCACCUCUGAAAGUUGAUGUUUUCUUCACAACAUCACAAAACUGAGAGUGUCUCCAUAGAAGAAGUAGUUUCAGAGUAAGAUGGCUGUUAACCACAAAGUUACAGUCAUGAAAAAUUGAUGAAGCGGUCACUAUAAAUAACCAGACAUCCAGAUAAGCAUCGACGUCUGCUAUUGAUGGCUCCUCCCCCGCUACCUGUAAAUCUGCGAUGCCAUCUCCCGACAAAUGGAUGUGACAGGCGGCCGUCGGAGCCCCGGAGAGCGAGGAUGACUAAAUCCGCUCCUCGACACCAGAAACCAUCAUUUUUCAAACCCUAUUUCCUGAGAGGAUAUCGAUAAAGUGCGAGCUUUUAACGCGAGGAGCGCAUUCAACAGUGCGCGCUGCGGAGCUCAAGUAGCGGAGCUGCUGAAAGCUGCGCUGCUAAACAAGGUGGAGGAGUGAGUCAGUGCAUCGAGUGGAGAGGACAACACGUCUCUUUAAUAUAUUAAUAACACUUAUAGGGUUUUAUCAGUGAGGACUGUGGGGGACAUUUGAGUUUUUGGGGAGUUUAAAAGAAGAGAAUGUGAUUUUUACGCACAGAUCAAACGGAUGACGCGCAAUUCCAGCCAUGAACGCGCAUCGUGAGGCGCACGACUGAUAUCUAGAUUUCAAAGGAAGUUUUUAUCACUGUGCGUGUGUCUGCUGUCGACUCAACUUUUACGUCCUCGCUUUGGUGAAGCCAGAUGAGAAGGCAGAGGAGCGGAAGGCGGUUGACUUAACAUGGCUGAGCCGCUGGGGCAUCAGGGGGCGCUGGCCGGAGCUCCCCAAAGCGCCUGAAUCCCAGUUGAGUUGAUUUUGUUUUUUCUCUGUGGAGGUGGGGAGCUGGCAGGUGACCACAGGCCGAUAAUGUCGAAGAGGGAGAAAUUCAACCCGGACCCGUCCAUCCACAUAUCCAAGAUGAAUGUCAUCAUCCCGUUCUCACCAGAUGUGCCCUGUGACAGCAACGGCCAGCGGAUGUGGUGGGCUUUCCUCGCCUCCUCCAUGGUCACUUUCUUUGGGGGUCUCUUCAUAAUCCUCCUGUGGAGAACUCUCAAAUACCUGUGGACUGUGUGCUGCCACUGUAACGCCAAAAAGAAGGAGGUCCAUCGGAUCACCACAGGCGAUGGCAUCAAGCGCACCGAUAAGGACGACCCUGCGGCCAGCGAGGUGGGCUGGAUGACCUCGGUCAAAGACUGGGCUGGAGUCAUGAUAUCCGCUCAGACCCUGACAGGAAGAGUCCUGGUGGUGCUCGUAUUUGCUCUCAGCAUCGGAGCCCUUGUUAUAUACUUCAUAGAUUCUUCUGAUCCGAUCGAGUCCUGUCAGAACUUCUACAAAGACUUCACGUUGCAGAUUGACAUGGCGUUCAACGUGUUCUUCUUGCUGUACUUCGGCCUCCGUUUCAUUGCUGCCAAUGACAAGCUGUGGUUCUGGUUGGAGGUGAACUCGGUGGUGGACUUCUUCACGGUUCCUCCGGUGUUUGUGUCGGUGUACCUGAACAGGAGCUGGCUCGGCUUGAGGUUUUUAAGGGCCUUAAGGUUGAUACAGUUCUCAGAAAUUUUACAGUUUUUGAAUAUACUAAAGACAAGCAACUCAAUAAAGCUGGUGAACCUGUGUUCAAUCUUCAUAAGCACAUGGCUAACUGCAGCAGGAUUCAUUCAUUUGGUGGAGAACUCAGGGGAUCCUUGGGAAAACUUCCAAAAUUCCCAGGCACUUUCCUACUGGGAAUGUGUCUACUUACUCAUGGUUACUAUGUCCACUGUUGGCUAUGGAGACGUUUAUGCCAAAACCACCCUGGGCCGCCUGUUUAUGGUCUUCUUCAUCCUUGGUGGUUUGGCCAUGUUUGCGAGCUACGUCCCUGAAAUCAUAGAGUUAAUAGGAAACCGCAAGAAAUAUGGUGGUUCCUAUAGUGCGGUUAAUGGGAGAAAGCACAUCGUGGUCUGUGGUCAUAUAACACUUGAGAGUGUGUCCAACUUUCUAAAAGACUUCCUACACAAGGACAGGGAUGAUGUCAAUGUAGAAAUUGUUUUUCUCCAUAAUAUUUCCCCUAAUCUUGAGCUGGAAGCCUUGUUCAAGCGUCACUUCACUCAGGUGGAGUUUUACCAAGGGUCUGUCCUGAACCCACACGACCUGGCCAGAGUCAAGAUUGAAUCAGCUGAUGCCUGCUUGAUUUUAGCCAACAAAUACUGUGCUGACCCCGAUGCUGAGGAUGCAUCCAACAUCAUGAGAGUAAUAUCGAUCAAGAACUACCAUCCGAAGAUCAGAAUUAUCACUCAGAUGUUGCAGUAUCACAAUAAGGCCCACCUUUUGAACAUCCCGAGCUGGAACUGGAAGGAGGGAGAUGACGCUAUUUGCCUUGCGGAGCUGAAGCUGGGCUUCAUCGCUCAGAGCUGCCUGGCUCAGGGCCUCUCCACCAUGCUGGCCAACCUUUUCUCCAUGCGGUCCUUUAUCAAGAUUGAGGAGGACACAUGGCAGAAGUAUUACCUAGAAGGAGUAGCCAAUGAGAUGUACACGGAGUACCUGUCCAGUGCCUUUGUGGGCAUGUCCUUCCCUGUUAUUUGCGAACUCUGCUACGUGAAGCUAAAGCUGCUGCUGAUAGCGAUAGAGUACAAGUCUGAUCAAAGGGAGUGCAGCACCCUGAUAAACCCUGGAAACCACGUGAAAAUGCAGGAGGGGACACUUGGCUUCUUCAUCGCCAGCGAUGCCAAAGAAGUAAAGAGGGCACUGUUUUACUGUAAAGCCUGCCACGAUGACAUCACCGAUCCUAAAAGGAUAAAGAAAUGUGGAUGCAAGAAAUCCAAGACGCCCGCCUACAAGAAAAUGAGACUGGCAUGUUGUUUUGAUUGCGGCCGCUCAGAGCGGGACUGCUCUUGCAUGCCGGUUAAUGUGCGUUGUAACAUGGACUCCCCUCAACGCGACAUCCCACUCUCUGCUGUCUCUGUUAAUGAUUGCUCAGCCACUUUACGUGCCUCUAAAAAUAGCUAUAAUGGAUAUAUCAAAUCAACAGUAAACGACGGUCCCCUAACCCAGUCACCGCCUUAUCAGUACAAGUCAGCUAAACUGAACCACAACUCAGCCAGCGAGGUCUGUAGGGGGCCCCGUAGCAGAAUCGUGUCGGUCCCUCUGGUAAACAACCGCAAGGGAAGCCUGCUGCCCCCCGCUGAGCCCUCCGCUCUGAGACUGAGCUUCAUGGGCUCUGGGGACCUGGGCCAGGUGGGCCGGCUACCAGGGGUGCCAGAAGAGGCAAGCCGGCUCCAGCGGGCACGCAGCCUUCCGGUGAAAUACAGAUACCACCCCAGUCACUCCAAUAAUGCCACGCUCAGUCACAGGCACUUGCCUUUUGUUGCAGUUGAAGAGGACCAACAGUCUGCAUUGUCGCCUAAAAAAAAGCAACGUAACGGAGGCAUGAGAAAUUCUCCAAACUCCUCACCCAAGAUAAUGAGACACGACCCACUCCUCAUCCCGGGAAAUGAGCAGAUUGAGAGCAUGGACGAGAACGUAAAGAAAUACGACUCCACGGGGAUGUUUCACUGGUGCCCGUCCAAAGACAUCGAGAAGGUCAUCUUGACCCGGAGUGAGGCAGCCAUGACUGUUCUGAGUGGUCACGUGGUCGUGUGCAUAUUUGGAGAUGUGAAAUCAGCAUUGAUCGGACUCCGAAACUUCGUCAUGCCUCUGAGAGCGAGCAACUUUCACUACCAUGAGCUAAAGCACAUUGUGUUUGUCGGCUCACUUGAGUAUCUGAAGCGGGAGUGGGAGACUCUCCACAAUUUCCCAAAGGUCUCCAUUUUACCUGGCACACCGUUGAGUCGGGCAGAUCUGAGGGCUGUCAACAUCAACCUCUGCGACAUGUGUGUCAUUCUGUCAGCCAAUCAGAACAAUAUUGACGACGCAUCACUGCAGGACAAAGAAUGCAUCUUGGCGUCACUCAACAUCAAAUCCAUGCUGUUUGACGACAGCAUCGGGGUCUUGCAGGCUAAUUCCCAAGGCUUUACACCCCCAGGGAUGGAUAGAUCGUCUCCUGAAAACAGCCCAGUCCAUGGAUUAGUGCGGCAGACUUCUGUCACAACUGGAGCAAAUAUUCCCAUCAUAACAGAGCUAGUGAAUGACUCCAAUGUUCAGUUCCUGGACCAAGAUGAUGAUGACGACCCUGACACAGAGUUAUACCUCACUCAGCCUUUUGCCUGUGGGACAGCCUUCGCCGUCAGUGUGCUGGAUUCCUUAAUGAGUGCUACAUACUUCAAUGAUAAUAUCCUCACCUUGAUCCGGACGUUGGUAACAGGCGGGGCGACGCCGGAGCUGGAGGGGCUGCUGGCAGAGGAGAAUGCAUUACGGGGCGGCUACAGCACGCCACAGACACUGGCGAACAGGGACAGGUGUCGCGUGGCACAGCUGGCCUUGUACGACGGGCCCUUCGCCGACCUCGGGGAUGGUGGCUGUUAUGGUGACCUGUUUUGUAAAGCCCUGAAAACAUACAACAUGUUGUGCUUUGGCAUCUAUCGGUUACGAGACGCACAUCUAAACGCACAAAGCCAAUGUACCAAACGGUACGUCAUAACCAAUCCACCAUAUGCGUUUGAGCUGGUGCCCUCAGACCUGAUAUUCUGCCUGAUGCAGUUUGACCACAAUGCGGGCCAGUCUCGAACCAGCCUCUCCCACUCUUCCCAUUCGUCCCAUUCCUCCAGCAAAAAGAGCUCCUCCGUCCACUCUAUCCCAACCACCAACCGCACCAACCGCGCCAAAAGCAGGGACUCACGAGACAAACAAAAUGCAACAAGGAUGAGUAGAGUGGGCCAAGAAAAGACAUGGUUUACAGAUGAGCCAGAGAAUACCCACCUGAGGACCAUACAGAUCAAGCCUGUGAAUACGCUUGCCAUCAACCAAGUCAGUCAGUGUAAAUCCACAAGCAGCUUGAUCCCACCCAUCAGAGAAGCAGAAGACGAGUGCUGAGCUCCGGACCCGCGCUGACACCUGGACGCUCCCAGAAGACUCAUCGUGUAGGUGUCAGACUGGGAUUUGGGUUAUCUUCUCAUCUGCAAACAUAAAUCAAUCGACAUGAGAUGAGACGGACACAAACUGCUUUCCUCAUUCACCUCUGCAGCACGCUUACCUUACAGGCAGAUUUAGGAUCAUACAUGUAAAAUACAUGAAGACAAUCACAGUCAAAUGUUGCAGCCACUCAACUAUUAGUUUGCACAGCGAAUCUUUAGUUGUGACCAGACUCCAUGACUUUUUUGUUCCAUUUUGGGGAAUGAGGGUCACUUGAAGGAGAACGGCAAUUUAAAAAAAAGACUACCGCUACUAAAAAGAGGUGAUUACUAUAACUGGAUCAAGUUUUGCAAUUGUAAAAGUUGCCUUUUUAGCUGUUGAUGAACAACUACUACUACUACUACUACUACUACUGCAUUUACUUUACCCAGUGUUGCAGAGUUACUCUGUACAGUAUGUUAAAAUGUGUAUUUUACAUCCAGCUGCGAUCCCACCACAAUGGCAUUGUUAGUGACUGACUCUCAGUGAUUCCUUUGCCAUUUGGAGCUAAUUCACAACAUUUGUGACAGUUAAGACGGCCAGCGUCCAUGUGUAAAUGGCAUUUGGCUCCAGCCUUAUCUCUAUCCAUUUAUAUUUGUCUUAUCUUUGCCUUUUUGAGUCGUUUGUUAUAACUGUUUUAAUGUUGCUGUAUGGUUGCAAUGUCCAAAACCCCAGAAAUCGUAUUAAGUAAAGCUUUUAAGUAACUGCAGAAUUUCUCCAGGGGUAAAAUGUAAGGAAUAUUAUUCUUUUCUUCUGUUCUUUUUUUUUUUUUUUUAAAUAGCCAAAUAUGAUAGAGCUGUUUUGUUGUUGACAUUAGAAUAUAUCCAAAAGUCUCACACAGUUCAUGAUAUCAGAGAUACUCAUUUACUUAAGACACAAUAAACAGCAAAGCUAAAUGCUGUGGUAUAGCAUGGCUCAUUAUGAUAAGUCUAUAGUUGAAUGUAAAAGCCACAUAUCGCAUAAAGUGGGCAUAUGUAAGUCCUCCUUUGGCUGUAAGCACUGCCUGACACAGGAUUGUCUUGGAGGCCAUUACGCACUUACAUGUACUCCAUGACCAAUCUUAAUGCCAUAAUCAGACAUGGUUUUUUUGUAGAUACACAAUAAACAGCUCUAUCAUAAAAAAGUUAUUUUGGCUAUUUAAGUGUUCGGAUAGAUUAUUUUCUGUCCAUUACAUAUCUGACGAAUUCAUAAAACAAACACAUCCAAUGAAGCACAGAUCAUUUGUUUCGUUUUGUACAUGCAUGAGUCCAGAACGCAGAGUUAAGUGUGGUUUAUUAAUCUUGUCUUGUCUUAUUUAAAUUACAAACUAUAUUGGCACUGUUGUCACUUUACUUCACAAUCAAUAAAGGGGGAAAAAAAGUUAAAAGAAACAACGACGCAAGCUUAUUCCACAGAGGACUCAUGUUGAAUGUGAACAGAGAGAGGUUGUGACAUUUUUACUGGCACAGAGAACAUCCAAACCAUCCAACCCUCAGUGCCAGUAAUGUGCCAGGCAGUGCUGAAGCCAACGGAGGACUCCAGAAGACCCACUGCUGCGAAAAGAGGCUUCUAGUUUAGCUGAAUUUAAGCAAGUUUGCUUUUGCUGUGAGACUGAGAAAUGUACUUUCCUCUUUGCUCAAAGACCAUUCUUUUUAAAACAAGUCUUUUUAUUUCUUGAUAUGAGGUGGUACUUCCCUGGAGAUAACUAGAACUGUAGUAAAUAAUUUGAAGUCUUAAAACUAUUUUUCAUUGAUCCAUCGUCAACAGCAGAGCCUGAUUCAUUUUAUGUACUCUUCAAAGAAAUCUGUAAAGCUUAAUGUAAAAUAUUUCUUUCUAGUGUGUUCUUGUUUGACAGUACCUGUGGGGUUGAGAGACAUUCAGCAUUGCAGUCUAGUUUGUAUUAUUUCUGUGAAUUUCUUUUUAGCACAUUGACUUGUGGAUACAAUGACAGUGCUAAGUUGAUAUUUCUGACUAUGUCAUAAUACCCAAUAAUUAAUACAGUUUAUUGUCUUGUACAAAUAGGCUUGUACAUAAAUUGUACAUGAUUUCAUUUUGUAUUUUCACAAAUUAA